AGCUCAAGGUUUCAAGAACCGUUUGCGGUUAUCGUUCUUUUCAAUUCAGUUUGAGACUGAUCUUUACUUAAUCCAGUCACAUAAACAUUGUAUGGUAGUUUGAUUUCCGAAAAACGAUGAAUCACCAUUACUUGGUACUGUCAGUCCUAGCUAUUGUUCUGAUUCUAUUCACGGUUCAGUGCACCGCAGAUGAGCUAGAACUGGUCUACCAAUGGACUCAGCUGGGGUCGGAAUCCGAAACAGAUCAUCGUGAUUUUUCAUUCGGCUCACCACCCACGGACAAUAGCGAACAGUUCAAUGCAUACGGAAAUCUACCGAUGGGAGUUAGCCAUCACAAAGGUCGUCUGUUUGUGACGGUACCCAGAAGACGUCCCGGCAUCCCGUCUACACUCGCCGUCAUCGAUAUGCGCUCGACCCAAAGUAAGAAUAACCCAUCACUCACAGGGUAUCCGCACUAUAUGGUCAACAGGUUAAACCCCGAAUUUGCCGCGGACUCCAGACGUAUCGUCUCGGUCUAUCGCACCAAGGUGGACAUUUGCGAUCGCUUGUGGUUCGUCGACACCGGCUACCUGGAGUACCCCGACAAUCCACGCCAGGUUCAACGUCCGUCGCUGUGGGUCAUGAACUUGAACACAAAUCGGCGCAUUCAACGGUUCGAGAUUCCAGAGGAAAUGGUAGAGUUCGGCUACGGUAUACCCGGAAUAACCGUUGACGUUGAACCGGAUCGUUGCGAAGACGCGUACGCCUACAUACCGGACUACCAGUGGCGAAAUCUGUACGUGUACGGAUUGGCCCAAAACCGAAUGUGGCGCUUCAGUCACAACUUCCUCUCCUUUGAACCCCGCUUUGGGCGCUUCAACGUGGCCGGCUUGCAGUUUGUUUGGAACGAUGGCGUGUUUUCGUUGGCAAUCGGACGAAGAGAUGAAACCAGCAAGGAUCGUCCGGUCUAUCUGCAUGCCAUGGCCUCGAUCAGCGAAAUUGUAGUUCCCAAUAGUGUGCUGAAGAAUGAGACGUUGGCGCGUUCGGGUGAGGACUAUAACGAGCGGUUCCGGCAUCUGGGUCCACGGGGACCGAACACACAAUCGUCGGGUCAUGCGUUUGAUGAGAAGACGGGAGUGCUGUUCUACGCGGAGGUGAACCGUAAUGCCAUCGGGUGCUGGAACAGCGCUACGGAGUUUCACCCGGAGAAUCACGGCAUAGUGCACCUGGAUAACAAGGAGAUGAUCUACCCGGCAGAUGUGACGAUCGAUAACGAGGGCAUGAUGUGGGUCAUCUCGAAUCGGCUGCCCAUCUGGAUCUACUCGAGGUUGGACGUCACCGAGUACAACUACCGAAUCUGGCGCCAAAUGCCCGAGAAGGCUAUCAACGGAACCAUUUGCAUGCGAAACUGAAACACGACUAAUAAACGAAGGCUUUCUUUUUGGUUCUAAUAAUGCGAGA